AUGCCCGUUUGGACGCUAUUCUACUCGUUAUUCAUAAUUUGGGGCCAAAUCAUUUCCAACGAUGCAAUCAAAUGCUACUCGUGCGCAAACGAAUUCGUCGUAUGGCAAUGGCGGCAUUUCUUCCUUAAAAGGAACUACGAUAUCGCUGCGAGUGAUGCCGAAUGCUCGAGCAGAGAUUAUAUAUCAGAUUUAUAUCAAAACUGCCAUUCGACAUGUUUCGUAUUCUCGUUGAACGGAACCAAUAAGCAUACGGGAGAAACGCGGGUGCUAGGUGUUGGACGUGGUUGUUCGGCUCACUUCCUAACAGACGACCAGCAUCUUCAUCUAGGGCUCGGAUCCCAUUCGCGACCAUCUCAUAUUGGGAGCUAUUUGCCAAAAGAAUUCGAUCAGAUGGACAUAACCGAACACUGGUGCUUCUGUGCGACUGACAAGUGCAACAGCGAAGACUGCUAUUCAUCGCCAUUCGGUUCCCGAGAAUACGCCUCAUCAUACAUUGCCAAACGACUACAGUAUUCUUCAUACGCGCAUAAUCCAUGGAGAUAUCGAAAUACGGGUUCAACAUUCGCCACUUCUAUUCUCCUUUCUUCUAUUCCAAUCACGCUUUUUUUCAUUGUAUAA